AUGGGUGGUCCAAGUGGAACUUCACAAAAGCAAACAGCAACGACUAAAGAUGUUUUACUCGAUUUUCUUGCCGGUGGAACAGCUGUAGCACCUCUUGAACGUGUAAAACUUUUGUUACAAACACAAGAUGUUAAUCAAAAAAUUGUACAAGGAAGAAAAUACAAAGGAUUUGGUGAUUGUUUUAUUCGAUGUAUUCGAGAAGAAGGACCUAUUUCUCUUUGGCGUGGUAAUUGGGCAAACGUUAUUCGUUAUUUUCCAACACAAGCAUUAAAUUUUGCAUUUAAAGAACGUUAUCAACGAAUGUUUGCUGAUUAUAAUCCAAAAUUAAAUCCAUAUAAAUUUUUUUUUGGUAAUCUAUUUGCUGGUGGUAUGGCUGGUGCAACAGGUUUAUUAUUUGUUUAUCCUCUUGAUUUUGCUCGAACACGUCUUGGUGUUGAUAUCGGAAAAUCACUUAGUGAACGACAAUUUAAAGGCAUGAAUGAUUGUAUUAUUAAAAUUUAUAAAGCUGAUGGUAUUCAAGGUCUCUAUCGAGGUUUUGCUAUUAGUGUUGCUGGUAUAUUUGUCUAUCGAGCAUUUUAUUUUGGUGGUUAUGAUGCUGGAAAAAGAUUUAUGUUUGGUGAUGAUCCAAAUCCAAAUAUAUUUUAUCGUUUUCUUUUUGCACAAUUUAUUACAUCAUCGUCGGAGUUUCUUGCGUAUCCACUUGAUACAAUUCGACGUCGUUUGAUGAUGCAAAGUGGUCGUGGUGAUAUUAUUUAUCGAGGAACAAUGGAUUGUGCACGAAAGAUUGCUGUUACUGAAGGUCUAACGGCUUUUUUCAAAGGCAAUUUAUCUAAUAUUUAUCGUAGUGUCGGUUCAUCACUUGUUCUUGUUCUCUAUGAUGAAUUUAAACGAUGGCUUCUACUUGCUGGUCAAGCAUCCUAUGCCAAAUAA